AUGACCGAGGACGAUAUCAAAGUGUGGACUGAGCAGGAGACCGUGGCUAUGCGAGAGCAUGGUGAUAAGUUAAACAUAUACAAUGUCAACUUGGAGAAGGCUCCAUCCAUGGGUGAUAUUCGCCUUCUGCUCGCGACAGAAGAAAGACAGUCACCCAAUGAGAAGGGUAGAGUCCUGGAAAGUGGAACAGUAACCUGGUUGAGCACUGGAAUAAAUAUCGAAAAGACACAAGAUGACAUACAAGUAAUGGCAAAACACCUCACCAAGCGAAGCUCCACCACGAACAAGAAUUCGGUGGAGACGAAGCGAAAUUUGCUGCAGAAAAGAAUUGAUGGAUUUCACAAUCGCGCAAUGGCGCUAUUAGAUGAUGAAGACAUUGAGCACUUAGAAAUCUCCUCUAAUGAGGUGGCAGAUGAAGAGGGUUGGACCAUGGAGGAUGUGGAGGAGAACCCAGAAGAUAUUGAAGAGGAGGUGUUGCCAGAGAACAUCACUCUCCUGCUUCCCUCCUCACUUGGCAUUGAGCAAUGCAAGACGGUGGGAUGGGAGAGCAUUGCACAGCAGGAGUUACAGCUACGGGUUGGCCAAGCCAAUGACUGUCUUGAAGACUUGCGACUCUUGUUAGGUCACAAGUCUUUGCUUUUCCGGACCAAAUUUAGGCACAAUAAGUCUCAAUGGCACAAAACCCGAAAUGCAGCUGAGCUCAGGAAGAUUGGUCAGCAAGAGCGCAAAAUCAUUAGACGAUACAAGCGUGCUAGGAAAGCCCUGAUCUGUUUAGGAGCAAGUGAACAGUUGUUGACACGAUAUCUUGACAUUCAAAAGGAAGACACAAAGAUGCCUGGAGACAUUGUAGAGGAGAAUAGAGUUGGGCAGAGGAAUGAUAGAUUGGCGUGGUUUUGGAAACUUGGAGGUGAGAAUGCUCGAAAUGCACGGGGGGAAAGUGUGGACAAUAAUACGGAAGACGUCGGUUGA